GCGACGCGACUCGCGGGUUGCUUUUUCUCAGCGAGGGUUUGUUCCGUUGUUCUCUCUUUCCCUCUUUCUGCGAAGGCGCGGCGAGGCGAUGGGCUGCGAGGGCGCCUUCGAGUCCUCCCCGGAGAUGGAGCGGUUCCUCUGCGACCGGCUUCUCGAUGGCAACCAACCCAUCUCUGAGCGCUUCAGGGCUCUCUUCUCCCUUCGUAAUCUCCGCGGCGCUGGACCUCGCGAGGCUCUAAUUCGCGCUACAAGAGAUUCUUCAAAUUUGCUUGCACAUGAGGCAGCAUUUGCUCUAGGUCAGAUGCAGGAUGUUGAAUCAAUUCCUGCUCUCGUGGAAGUUCUGAAAGAUCAUUCUUUACAUCCAAUUGUUCGUCAUGAGGCAGCUGAAGCUCUUGGAGCAAUUGGAUUGAACAGCAUAAUACCAAUUUUGGAAGACAGUUGGAUAAAUGACCCUGCCCUGGAGGUGCAGGAGACAUGCGAGUUAGCUAUCAGACGAAUUAAGGAACAAGUGAACAUCAACAAUGAUGACAAAGCAUCAUCUACAAAAAUUUCUCCUUUUCUGUCAGUUGAUCCAGCAUUGCCUACUUCCCUUAUCUCUUCAAUUGACCAAUUGAGGGAAGUUCUGUUGAGCGAAGACAAGGGGAUAUAUGAAAGGUAUGCUGCGCUAUUUGCUCUGAGAAAUGAUGGUGGAGAUUCUGCGAUCCAUGCUAUUGUUUCAUCAUUAAAUGCAGGAAGUGCCUUGCUACGUCAUGAGGUUGCAUACGUCUUAGGUCAAUUGCAGAAUAAAAUUGCUUCCUCCACACUAUCUGAUGUUCUGAAAAAUGUGAAUGAGCACCCAAUGGUUAGACAUGAAGCUGCUGAGGCCCUCGGUUCGAUUGCAGACAGUGAAUGUGUUGCCCUACUGAAGGAAUUCACACUGGACUCAGAUCCAAUAGUUUCCCAGAGCUGUGAAGUUGCUUUGAGUAUGCUCGAGUUCGAAAGAUCUGGCAUGUCGUUUGAGUAUCUCUUUAUGCAGAAGCCAGUAGUCCAGUAAAGCCAGGCCUUCAUGUAUGACGAGUAGUCACAAUGCAAUACUUAAGUGUCGUUUAAAUCGGCAAUCUCUGCUAUCAAAUUAGAAACUGGAUUUAUUUUUACAGUGUUUUUGUUGUUUUCGAAGUCGAUACAUUUGAUUUGUAUCUUUUUCGACGUGUUUGUUUUUCUAUCAGAUUGCAGUCAAUCAGAAUUUUUGCCUA